GACCUGCAGAAUACCAUAGACGAGUUUCAGUCCAAUAUGGUAUGCAAUGUGAGCCGCCUUCGAGAGAACUUCAGAAAAAUGCAGGAGGUUGCAUCUAAAAAAGUUCUGACCAUGAAGCCGAAAGGUAAACCAGGAAAAGAGCUGGAUCCCAAAUUAGUUAAAAGCAUCCAGUCUCUGCCGCCCUGUCCCACGGUAGCAGAAUUGAAAGCGAAUUCAACCACAGCAUCAGUGUAUUCAUCAGACCUGAUCAGCGUGUUGAAUAGCAUCACCAAAACAGCCUCCUGCAGCCCAGCCAUGAGCAAGGCGCUGAAACUAUCAGCAGCGACCAUUGAAAACCUCAACAAGGCUUUUCAAGAUCACUGCUCAGAAAUUAAGACCCUCAAGACACCUCAGAAAAAGAGCGACGUGGCUCAAGAUGUGAACAGACGCGUCUCUGUUCCUUCUGUAUAUCAAAAUGGAUCUAAAGUCCAGCAUCAUAUGGUGAAAAAAUUGUCUGCCUUUCCUGUGAAACCCAAGGCAGAUGAUUUUGCUUUCCCUCAGGUCAAAGAACCUGUACGAGAGACAAAUAUUGAAGACACAGCUCCAAAAGCUCUCCUUGAUGGAGCAUUUCUUCCUGCCCCUGCCAGAACUUUUGCUCUCCGCAAGAUCACAGGAUCUGUCAAGGAGACGAAAGUUACCAGAGAAGAAAUGGCAAACUUCACGUCACUUGAAGAGGCAAUGGAGAGAACAGAAAGCUCACUUAAAGAGACGGUGGCUCACAAAGAUCUCCGGAGUCCAUCUCCUCACAUCAUCCAUCGUCCAUCCCUCGUCAGAUCUCUUGCUCUUCCUCAGGUUUCACGACCUGUAGAGAUGGCAAAAGUUUAUGCCAUGCCGGUGGAAGAACGCCAGAGUCUGUCUCCUGUCCACACCCGUCCUUCCUCAUCUGUGAAUCUGCCCCGAAUUCAGACUCAAGUCAAGCCAUCACUUCAGAAGUCCGGCAAGCCCGAGACUCGCAGAUAUGCUUCUGCAGUCUCGGGCAGCAUUGAGGAGCUGUACAUGGAGAAAAACGAGGAGGACGUUGACAAACCGCUUCACGCAAGCACGAAACGCCCAUCAUUCGUGAUUGACAUCAAAGCUCAAGAAAACAACCUCCAGCAGCUGGAUCAAGCUUUUCAAAAUAACAGCAUUUCCUCUGAAAUGUACAACCUGUGCAGAGGAACCGUCAAUCAGACACUUAAGAGCGUUGAGCUGCGUCUUGGAUGUCUUUUACGGAGAUACAUCCAGCAUGUGCAAAUGAAGCAAUUAAGGUAAGAAAACCAUCCUUUGUCUAACAGUUUGUUUGAUUACAGGCUCAUCAAAUCCAUUUACAACGUGCCAUAACGAACAUUUUUGCUCUGUUAUACAGAAAGACGCUCGACGGAAAUUUCAGGACGACCAGAAAUUUAAGGGAUGGACUGGAGUUCAGAAAAGUUCAUUCUCAGCUCUGCAAAUUUGACCAUUUCCAACGGAGUGUGAACAAUAUCUGGGACGCCAAGCAAGCCUCUGCUGACGAGACACGCAGACUGUGCAUCACACGGGCGGUCGAUUUGUACAAACAGGUCAGUACCAAUUAGACAAAAUGGCCUGUAACACUAAUUUGUCGUGUUCUGAUCGUGUAAACAGCAUUACUAAUGUGACCGAUGCAAAUAGUAAUAUCAUUUUCUUUAAAAAGGUGAAUGCAGCACAUGGACUACAUCUGACAGGCAUAUCGCAUGCGCAAAGGCACGUAUCCCUGCCUCUGCUAACCGUGACGCCCAUGCGGUUCAGCUCCAACCUGUGUCCGUCUCCUCCUCGGGAACCGCAAACUGCACCCGGCAGAGCCAGUCCAGCGCGUCAUCGUCAAAUCCACCUGAAAGCUCUGCUCCACACAAACACCACCAGGAACAUAAGAGGGCAGAGUUCCCUGAAGAUCAGUCACAUUCAGUGAUGAUGGCCAGCGUCAGGAAGUAAUAUGUGGAAUAACGACUUGUACAUAGACUAAUAACAGGACGAACUCUGACAUGGACACAGCAGCCGAAAC